AUGCACAUUGCCAUCUUCAACUGUCUAAAGCCCAUCCAGGGCCGCACCUGUCCUGACAUGUUUAAAAACCUCAUCGAACGUGGACUAGACUAUAAUAAAGAGCGCCUUGAUACCUCGAACAUCGCCAUAUCGUAUGCAAUUUAUAACUGUACUACCAAUGAGUUUCCGACAUCUUUCGCCGACAUAGACGCAAUAAUUAUCACGGGAUCAUCAAAGUCAACAUACGAUCCUCAUCCCUGGAUAAAACAGAUGCAGGAUGUUCUGCGGGAUGUGUAUAACAACCACCCGUAUAUUAAACUGUUCGGGUCCUGCUUCGGGCACCAGAUGAUUGCAUCAGCACUGUUGGAAGAUCGUGGCGUACGGAUCGAGAAGAAUUCAAAGGGGUGGGAAAUAGGCGUGCACAGUGUUGACUUUGACCCCGAGUUUCUAAGCUACUUUCCGCAAUUUACAAAUGGGGACAUUGCUGCCCAACGGAAGAUUCAAUUCAUACACCAGGAUCAAGUGGCUGUUUCGGAUGGGUCUCUUCCCCAAGGUUGGAUAAUACUGGGAAAGAGCGAUAUCUGCAAUGUUCAGGGUCUCUUUCAGCCAAAUAGAGUGCUCACAUAUCAAGGACAUGCUGAGUUUGAUAGAGCCACGACGAAGGCAGUUCUUGAAAAGGUCAAUAAUCCUGCGUGGUCAAACGAGGAUCGAGAGGCUGCUGAUCAGAUAGAUGAUGCGGAUUAUUAUGCUGGGAUUCUGGUGCAUUUUCUGCUACGCUGA